AUGAUAGACGUAAACCCAAGCGAAGCUGAAAUAAAUGAAAUUUCUCCUCCAGCAGCACUUAAUCUGCUUUCUAGCAUGUUUUCAUUACUAAACCCUCAAAGUGAAACUGCAGAAUUCGGUUUUUUCCCAACCCUCGAUCUUCCUAAGCUUGACUUUUUCAAAUUGGAAGAGCUCGAAAGAUCCGAAGCGAUGCAGCUCAGUGAACUCCAAAGCCAAGGGCUUGAAUCCUUAGGCUCAGAGGUAGAAGAAAGAAGAUGCACUCAUACUGAUAGAAAAAUUUAUGCACGGAAUAUGUGCAAUCAUUGCUACAGAAUGUUCGGCCAAAAUAAAAUGGCUUGAACUUGUCCUCAUAGAGAUCGCCAGCACUAUGCCAAGGGAAGAUGCCAACUUUGCUAUUUGAAAGAGUAUCACCGAUCCCGAGUCUUUGGAAGAAGACGAAAGCCAAAAAGCAAAAUCAAUUAA